GACAUCUCCUAUGCGCAGCUAUGCGCGUGUUCAUCGAUAGCAUCCGGGUCAACCAAGCAUUAGACGAAGAUGGCUAAGUCGGGGCGUCGCAUGUCUUGUGCGGCUCUGUGGUGUUCUAACACCGGGAUUUCCAGUUCUGCAAAGUAUUUCAGAUUUCCCAAUGACAACAGUGUGAUGUCGCCGCAGCUCAACGAGCCUGCUGCAGCUCCCAAGUCCAGUUCUGUGCGAUCAGGCGGUGCUCGAAGAGUGAUCGCUAGCCUUCGAGUAGCACAGGUACGUUGGCACGUCGGUUGCAAACUGUCAGUACAGCCAACGGCCACAGCCAACAGAGUCGCUGGGGGAGCGCAUAUCCACUUCCCGUUUUUUUUUCUUUCCUUCAGGGACCACCGCCUCAACUUUUGCAAACAGCAGCUCGGCGAAACUCUAGGAUCCAGUCGCCGAGCCGACAAGCCGACCAAACUGCUGCCGCGGAGCAAUGCAGCCCGAGAAAGGUAAGCAGCUGUCCCAUCGGCACAAUGGGGUGCAAAAUAAUAAUAAUAAUAAUAAUAAUAAUAAUAAUAAUAAUAAUAAUAAUAAUAAUAAUAAUAAAGAAAUAAAGAAACGAUAAGCGACUUAAGUCUUCAAGUCAAGCGAGCGUCUUUCGUGGCGGUAUCGCGUCCGUGCGCUUUCGCAACCUGGCGCGCUUCUUCGGCGCU